CAUCUCGACCCGGCACCCACGGACUACUCCUCUGCGCCUUUCACAGACGCCUGUACUUUGAUCGUGGCUGCAGGUUCUGGUGGACAUGGCUGUGUCUCAUUCUUACGAGAGAAAUUUAUCGCUGCUGGACCUCCCAACGGCGGCGACGGCGGCUUUGGGGGCAGUGUGUACAUACAAGCCGUGCAAGGUGAGACUAGUUUGCACAAAAUUGCCCGACGAGGUCUUCUCAAAGCUGGCAGAGGUAAGAACGGCCAGGGGAGUUUGAAAGGCGGCGCGAAGGGCCACGAUGUGUUGAUCACAGUACCUGUGGGCACUGUGGUCAGGGAGAUCUCGAGGAACGAUCCGAUGGAGGCCGUCGAGGCUGAGGAAGCGAGAGAAAGACAUCGCAUGCGCAACGGACGAGGUCGCAAGGCCUUCGACGAGGACGCCCGGGCGGAAGCAAAAGAGGACGUAUUUGGAGACAAGCCAGGGUCUCAGCGCGACGAAUGGCUGAUCUAUCCUGGUGGCUUGCCGAAGCAUUUCACUCCUGAUGACUUUCCACCGCUUCCUCGACCACGCAGAAGCCCUUUGGCUGCGGCUCAGCCACGAGCACCUCUGCGAUUGGACCUCGAUAAAGCCAUGGAGGCGCCUAUGCUGCUCGCAGCGGGAGCCGUUGGUGGUCUGGGAAAUCCGCAUUUUGUCUCGAAGCAGGACUUGAAGCCGAAAUACGCUACAAAAGGCCAGGAGGGCAUGAGAAUCCACCUGCAACUUGAGCUCAAGCUGCUGGCUGAUGUCGGUCUUGUGGGACUACCGAAUGCGGGAAAAUCUACGUUGAUGAGAGCAAUCACAAGAUCAAGGACAAGAGUAGGCAAUUGGGCAUUCACCACUCUAGCUCCCAAUAUUGGCACAAUUGUGUUGGAUGACCACAUUGGACGUCCCAGUCUGGUUACGAAAGAAUGGCGGAAGCGCCCACGAGAGAGACUUACAAUCGCAGACAUUCCCGGUCUGAUCGAGGACGCACAUUUGGAUAAAGGGCUUGGAUUGGGCUUUUUACGACACAUAGAACGUGCCGCCGUUCUAGCGUUUGUCAUUGAUCUCAACGCCGGAGAUGCUGUCAGUGCACUCAAAGGACUAUGGCGGGAAGUUGGCGCGUACGAGAAGCUACGCGAACAUGAGCUGAAUGCGGAGACCGAGCGUGUGAAGUCACAGGAAGAUGCAGUGGUCGCGUUCGAGCCGUUCUCGAGUUCGAUCUCGCCAGGCCUGGAUCCUGAAGCGGUAAGAGAAGGAGGAGACGAUGCUCUUGUCCUGGAUCCAGCUCCAGGUCGCAAGCUACCGCCAUUGUCACUACCGCCGAUCAGUAGCAAGCCGUGGCUCGUUGUUGGCACCAAAGCGGACUUGCCGGGUGCGCAGGAGAACUAUAUGCAGUUGCGAAGCUAUUUGCAAAGAGUCCAAGCCGGAAAAGAAGAGCACCCUAGUGGCAAGCAGAAUGCUUGGAAGACCAACUUGGUUUCCACGCCAGUAUCUGCAAUUAACAAGCAGGGCGUCGAUAGCUUGCCUGGUACACUUCUACAACUGCUC